AUGAUCGUGUCCAACGUGAGCUUCAGCGGCUGCACGAGGGCCAAUAGCGCGCUGUGUACUGGUGCUGCAGACAGGCACCUGGAACACAAUUUAUCCCGCACCACUCUCAGCCCGACCGGGAACCUGAUAGUCUCAGUGUGUUUGGGCUUUAUUGGCAGCUUCGGAUUCCUCAACAACCUCCUGGUUCUCGUCCUCUUCUGCCGUUACAAGGUGCUGCGCUCGCCUAUCAACCUGCUACUGAUUAACAUUUCAUUCAGUGAUCUGCUGGUGUGUGUGGUGGGAACUCCGUUCAGUUUCGCGGCAAGUACACAGGGAAGAUGGCUCAUAGGAGAAAGUGGGUGUGUAUGGUACGGCUUUGCCAAUUCACUAUUAGGCAUCGUGUCCCUCAUCUCCCUGGCCGUGCUCUCCUACGAGCGUUACACUACCAUGAUGGGUCCAACCGAGGCCGACUCCACCAACUACCGGAAGGUAGCCUUGGGCAUCGCUUUCUCCUGGGUCUACUCACUGAUGUGGACCCUGCCGCCGCUCUUCGGCUGGAGCCGCUACGGCCCUGAGGGGCCCGGCACCACCUGUUCAGUGGACUGGAUGGCCAAGAGCGCCAACAAUAUCUCGUACAUCAUCUCGCUCUUUGUUUUCUGCCUCAUCGUCCCCUUCCUGGUCAUAGUCUACUGCUAUGCUAAACUGAUGCAUGCAAUCAAACAGGUUACCGCCAUCAACACAGCUAUGAGCAGGAAGAGGGAGCAGCGUGUUCUCGUCAUGGUGGUAGUCAUGGUGAUGGUGUACCUGAUGUGCUGGUUGCCAUAUGGGGUCAUGGCCUUGCUGGCCACCUUCGGACGCCCUGGCCUGGUCACCCCCGAGGCCAGCAUCGUCCCCGCGAUCAUGGCCAAGACCAGCACGGUCUUCAACCCUGUUAUCUAUAUCUUCAUGAACAAGCAGUUUCACAGGUGUUUCCGAGCGCUGCUGAGGUGCCAAGAGCCUCAGCGGGGUUCCAGCCUCAGGAACUCCUCCAAGGCACUGCCCAAAGCCACCCGAGGCAGUGCCCGCAAAACCAACCAACACAACUUAACUUUCAUGGUUACCUCCCUUGGGCAGCCCACCAGCGACGUCCCCCAGCUGGGGAAUGCAACCCUGGACUCAGCCGCCCCUGCUUACUCUGACAUGGUCAGGCCCACCAUUGUGUCACUAGUGGCCCACUACAACGGCGUUCUGGGGCGAACAGGGGUUACAACCCCUAGGAACCAAUUACAGGGAGGGGAGGAGGAUCCAGAGGAGUCAUCAAAGUGGAUUUAG